UGAGCACUUGAGAAUAGAAAUUGAAUACAGAUUUAUUCAACUAAUUAUAUUCGGAUAUGUACCAAACAGUUUAUUUUUACAUUAUUCAACAGUUAUUAUUAUUUACCGCGAGGGUAGAGCCAUUAAGCGGUCAAGAAAUCGUAGCAGCUAAUGAUCUAGAAUUUCCAUUCAUGGCAUCUAUUCAAGAUAACAAUGGAUACCAUUUAUGUUCAGGAGUACUUAUUGCGCACCUCCUCGUUAUAACAGUUAAGCAUUGCCUAGAAAAUAAAAUACUAGGGAAUAUCCGAAUUGCAUUUGGGAUGACCGAUUUGCAACAAACUUUUCAAAUGUGUAAAAUAUCCGGAUAUUACACCUACGAUGAUUGGGCUGCUAGACUACAUCUGUCGGAAGGAAGUGAUACAGAGAAUAUUGCUAUGGUAAAGUUAGUACGACAACCUCUCACUGCGGUCCCCGUUCAUUUGAGCAAAUUCAAUAAACAACAAGUUCAAGGAAAAACGGCGAUGAUUUUAGGAUGGACUCGACUUCAAAAUGCCGAACCAUUAACAAAAGGAAUCGUAAAUAUUUUAAAGGAUGAAGACUGUUCAAAGAUGAUGAGUCGAAUAACUAAUAAAAAUUUUUAUAUUAGUUCAAAAACAAUAUGUACCUUUGCCGAACCUUAUGUUUUAUUAGAGAUCGGAGAUAUUGGAGGACCAUUGUUAGAUCAAGAUGGAGGCCUUUUGGGUAUUAAUUUUUACAGUGGUCCGGGAAGUUCUUUUUCUUGGGGGAAUUUCACCGACGACUUUAUACAAAAAUAUCAAGUGAAUCAUCAUUGUGAUCUCACUCAUUCUAACAUGCGACGUUUUGUUAGAGAUAUAUCGAUUAAUUAUUAAACACUAAUGUUUUCUGCAAAAACGCUUUUAUAAGCCGAGUGUCACGAUGUUUAUCAAUAAAAGUUGAUUGUAUGAAGUUAAUAUGUGACGGUUUGCGUACUUUAACAAAUCUUUAUUAGUUAAACAAUAUAUUUAACAACUUAAAUAAAAAUAUUCAUAUUUGUAUCAGUACAGGCAUGUGCAGUAAAGAAGUCAUAA